AUGCCAUUCACAGCCCAAGAAAGGAAGAAGGUUGAAAGACUUAGACGGAAGUACAGAAUUGAAUUCUGCGGAGAGCUUCCAAGCCAUGAAUGGCCCGAUGUCCAUCGUCCGAUUUUUAAUGCGGUUGAUGAGCUAGGAAAGAGGCAAUUCGACACUUAUGCGGCUUGUCCGACAGCUAUUGAAGAUGCACCAUGGACUGCAGAAAUAAAGAAACAUGCCGAUGAACUCUCUGAACGGGCUAAGCGCUGUGCGAGGCGAAAUGAAUCGACCUGGCGGUUUGCGUGCGAACCUUACGUGUUGGCUCGACUUACUUCAGAAGUCGUAUGCAAGUUUUGUCGGAAGAGAAUAUGGCGUUCGGAAAUCGAAGCGACAAGUGAGGGGAACUCGACUAUAACAGAAGCCCUGCGUGUUAGGCAGAAUAAACGAAAGCCAUGUCGCUGUUCGCGAGACUUCAGGAUUGCAGAUUCGCCACGCAGAAUGGAAGCUAUCGGGCUGAAUCGGAUUUUUGGCCAUCGGGAAGAUGAACCAAUACACCACGAUCCAACUAUCCAGAAAGAACUACCAAGUGCUACAAAGCCAGAUGCAAUCUACGGACUUCGACAGACUCGAAACAUUGAAAACCUCUUGAACGACACAGCUGGUAUAGGUAGACCGGAGGAUGAUCAGGAUAUGCUUGUUCAUGAGAUCCUGGGAGAUCCUCCGCUCAGUGAGGAAGGGGAUCCAUUGGUGUUCCCAUUUCUUCUUCUAGAGGCAAAGUCAGCGAAGUCGGCUGAUAGCGAUUGGAAUUCCAUUAAGUUGCAAUCCGCGUUUCCGGUGCGGACACUGUUAUGCACGCAGGAGUUGUUGAAAAAUAUGACUGAGCGGCACGCAAAGCGGCGCGCUGAUCCAUUAGUCUGGUUACUAAUGAAUAGAGGAGAAGAUUGGCGAGUGUCUGUGGCAUGCCAAAUUUUCGAUCUAUGGGGAGGCUCUAUUACAUCAAGAAAUGGGGCAUUACAGCUUCUGCUGAUUGUCGAUUAUGUGUUCGAGUGGGCUCGUGACAUUUAUCGCGAGGACAUAUUAAACCAACUCAGGGCCGUAGCAUCUGGGCAGAAUGAUUGUGCAAGCAUGAUUCAUCCAGAUACCGACAUAUUUUCCACAUUCACGUCAAUACAUCCUAACACGUCGGAUGAAAGCUCUAGAAGCACCCAAGACAGCUAUCAUCGGAGUCUCAAGAGUUUCGAAGCACUAGACAGCCCGUUGGGGAUCAUUCGACAUGCCACUUUUGUCGAGAGUCAAUAUCGUUGCUUUUUAGUGACAAGAGACAAUGUGACGACAAUGCUACAAUCAACUCAAGAUCAAGCUAGGAAAAUCCUCGCCAGACAAAUUAUCACAAAGUUGCAAGAGAUCCCUCUAUUGAUAAGUUGGGCCUGCCUGGGUAUGAUGGAAGAGGAGUGGACUGGACGUUCUCGGAUGCCACGAUCACAUCAUCUCGAUCAAAUCAAAUUCUAUGCUUUAGUGACAUAUGCUUCAUUCCUACUGCCGAACUGGGUGAAGGUUCGGGAAUUGACCGUGAUCGCCGUUGCUGAAGAUGCAUUUGAGGAUCUCGUUACGGCCUCCAUGUACAGUCGACGGCGAGUAACUUGUCAACCGCCUUUGGUGGGAAAUGAAUGUGACAUCGAAGUGCUGAAGAACAUCAUCGCUAAACUUCAUGCGGGAAAUAUGAGACACACCCUCUUGGCUGCCAUCCGACGAAUUUGCCUGAGAGUAGGUGGCGGGGGAUCUCGGAUUCGUUUGGUGACUAGCAACUCAGCUCCUAGGGAUAUAGUCCAUUACAUUUACAACCAGUUCAGGAAAGGGGAACUCGAACCCCAAGAACCAUUCUUGAAUACAUCGAAUUCCUUUGACCAAAUACAUUUGUCAAAUUCAUCACUGGAGCCUUUUGACUUUGGCUAUCUCAGUGUUUCCUCAGACGGGUGUGUUCUGGUCUAUGGUCAUGGCCAUCAACACGAUGCUGGACGCCAGAUGAGCUCGGUAUGCGUCUUUCUCAUGGAUGGACCACCCGAUGUACCAACGCCAGCGAUUUUAGGCAUGGCAAUUAAAAACACGUUUGAGAACCAUGAUGUCUAUCACACCUCGCGAAUUCAUAGGGUCCCGAAUAUCCGCGGCUUCGGAAAGGAGAAAUAUGGAAAACGAUGGAAUAUUGAAAACUCUUAUGGUAUUUUCUCGGAAGGAUUCCAAUUUGUGGAUUGGAUCCUAUCUCUGGGAUGCGAACCUCCCGUUCGCCAAGGUUCCUCACGUCCUGGGCUAUACGCGGAUCUCUUUUUGCGCAAUCAUUACCCUUGGAGGGAACCUGGAUAUAUAUAUUCAGAUAUCGCAAGGCGGAUCUUUAACAUUUACAAAAUUGUCACUCGGGAGGUUCGAUACUGGCGGACUAUUGCGAAAGGAUGCAAAGACCAGGGGAUCGACUGCUGUGAUAUUUGCGCCGAUGAUGUGGAAAUCGGGAGAAAUAUUUGCGAACAGUGCGGUGACGAGAUCGACCAGAUAGACGAGUUUUGGUUUAAAAAUGCUCUUCUUGGGAAACAACCAAUUGAAUACAGACCCAUCGACCCAGACUUUCCAGAAUUCGCGCGAAAUCUGCGCUUCGAUAUGGAAGAUCAUGAAGUACACGAUAUCAAUGUCAAGUUUGAGAAAUAUCUCAGUUUUUACGAGGAAUUAGAUGAGGGAUACGAUAACUUGCAGGAAUUACGAGUGCAGUCUAGGAAGUAUGACAGGAUCCAGCGGGAAGCAGAGUGGCCUUCCAGGAAACGAAAAAGAUCUAGUGAGAUAGAUUCGGAAACUGACAUGGCGGAGUAG